AUGGCCAGCCUCGAUCGGUUUCGGGCGUCCCGCGAAGCCUACCAGCCGCCACACAUUCCACAACCAUCAAAAUCCGGCGCUCCACCCGCUUCGGCAGCGCCGUCAAUACCGCCGGCCGUACCCACUGCGCCCACAUCUAUUACCACAUCGGCCUUGGACCGCCAGUCUCUGUCCCAGUCGCCCUCCUCAUCGCGCCGGCGCGAUGUGCCGCCUGCGGUCCCGUCGCCGCCCACACACUCCUCCAGAAACUCGCCUCCACAUCGCCGACCAUUGUCGCGACGAAGUGCCUCCCCGCGGCGAGAUGGAGUCCUGCCCCAGCACAACGGGUCCGUGACAUCACAACCACGGCUGCCGACAGCAUCGCCAGCCCGCAACGCGGCACACGACAGCAAUCGCAAUCAGCCGCCAUUUGCUAGCCAAUGGUUCUUCUCCGACAACGAGCUGCUGAGCACGCCGAGCAUAUUGCACGGGCUGUCGCCCGCCGAGGAGCGGGAGCGCCGGUCGAAAGGCGUCAACUUUAUCUACCAGUCGGGCAUCGCCGUGCGGCCACACCCGUUGCCGCAGAUGACGUUGUAUGUGGCGGCCAUCUUCUUCCACCGCUUCUACAUGCGCACCAGCAUGGUCGAAGAGCGCGGCGGCAUCCACCACUAUAAAAUCGCUGCUACGGCCAUGUUUUUGGCCAACAAGACCGAAGAGAACUGCUUCAAGACGAAGAACAUUAUCGUGGCAGUCGCCAAGGUGGCGCAAAAGAACAUGGACUUGGUUGUCGACGAGCAGAGCAAGGAGUACUGGCGCUGGCGCGACGUCAUCCUGACCUACGAGGAGCUCAUGCUCGAGACCCUGACGUUUGACCUCGUCGUCGCCAACCCCUACGACCAGCUCUGGUCCCAGCUGCGCAAGCUCGGCCAGCUCGGCACCAAGCCGGUGCGCGAGGCCGCCUGGACGUUCCUCAACGACUCCGCCCUCACCACGCUGCCGCUCGCCCUCGACGCCAGCGACCUGGCGUCGGCCUCCAUCUUCUUCGCCAGCAUCGCCACCGGCGCGACCGUCGACGACGUCCAGAGCCGGCCCUGGUGGCAGCACCUGCGCGCCGACGAGACGCGCAUCACGCGCGCGACCCACGCCAUGGUCGCCUUUUACACCGACAACCCACUCAAGAAGCAGCAGGCCAGUGGCCGCGUCGUCGCGCAGGGCUCGCCCGUCUUCCAGCUGGAGGCCACGCGCCGUCCGCAGGAACUGGCCCAGCUCAACAGCCGGUCGCUGGACCACAACAGCAAUGGAAACAGCCACAACAAUAGUCACAGCAAUAGCCACAGCAAUGGUCACAGCAACAGCAACAGCGGUCACAGCCACCAGCCGACGGCAAGCCGCGACGUAACGCCCCUCGAGCUGGACCAGCGGCAGCCGCAGCCGCCGCCGCCGCCACCGCAGCAGACCCGCGGCCGGGGCGACUCGGAUGCCGCCCUCAAGGCCGCUGCCAACGACUUGGACCACCAUCCGAGUCACUAUGCCAACUCCGACGCCAACGCCAACGGGCUUGCUGGCCGUUUGGCCCCCAACGGCGACCCGGCCAGCACCCGGAAGCGCAAGAGCGUCGAGCCGGACGACCACCUCCUCUAUCGCGACCGUGAUCGGGACCGCCACGACCGCCACAGCGAGGGCAUCGAAGAGGGCGAGUACAAGAGCAGCUCGCCGCCACCGGCCAAGCGGGCCCGCCGGACGUCUGAAGGCGAGGUUUCCGAUGGGGCCUAA